AACUAUUGAUUUUCAGUCAGUAAAUUUUGGACCACAGUCUACGUCGGUAUGGCAGGUUUCUUAACCUCAAUAGUCGUCAACGAUCGAAUCUCGAGCCUCUCGAGCAGUAGUAGGAAGAGAGAAAACUAUAAAACUACUUUUUAUAUUGUAUUUAUUUGACUUUUACUACAAGAAUUUGAAUUGUUAGUCAAGUUUAACUUUAAUAUCCAAAAAAAGAGCCAAUUGAAACAAGAAGUACUACUACUUUUCUUAAAUUGCGAGUUUGCGCAUAUAAAAUAUACAAAGGAUUUUGGAAAAAAUGGUGAACGAUUUAAAACUGGAAUGCUCCUUUUCUACUUGGUAUCCAAUGUUCAAGAAAGAUACUUUGGAAGCUAGGAUUCUUCAUAUUCCCAAUGAGGUUCUGAAGUAUUUGCAGCAUGAUACGUUUGUCUUGCCUCUUGAAGCAAUGGAAUGCUUACCAGAAGAUUCAGAAUGGUCUGAUGGCUCGCCGGUGACACAUGAAGAUGAGGAAACGGAUUAUCAACCAACAUUCCCUGAAUUCAGUCAACAAAUACAGGAAGUAUUAGACGAAUAUGAGGGGGUAUUUGUUAAAACAAACUGGAGUACACCUACAGAUGCCAUGUGGGUUGCGCCCACAAAAACUCUUAAAUGUAAUACUUUAGAAGAGGUUUACUUGUUAUUGAAAAGUUCUGACAGGAUCGCUAAAGAUCUGAACAUCGUAGAGUCUUUGAGGAACUGUGAGAAUCUUCUGCCAUUCUGCUUGGUGUUGAAACAAUGGCGGGAUAUUAAUCCCUGCACAGAAUUUCGCUGCUUUGUCAUGGAUAAUGAGCUCGUUGCUAUAAGUCAGAGGGAUAUAUCACAAUACCACAGUUCUAACGAGUUAGAAAAAUAUGAUAUACAGACAGACAUCAAGAGUUUGUUUGCCGAGCGCAUCCAAGGCAGAUUUCCGUUACGUAACUAUUCCUUCGACGUUGUACGACAUAGAAAAGAUAAGGUAAAAAUAAUAGAUUUUGGUGCAAUGGACGAAGCGUCUACGAAAGGAACGCUUUUUACGUACGAGGAAUUACAAAAUCAUAUUGAAAACACGCCGGAGUUCCGUUUUAUUGGAGAGGAAAUAGGUAUUCAGCCAAAACCUCCUGUGCAGUUUUGUAUUCCACAAGAGAUCAGCGAGUUUUUGCAAUCAAGAGAUAAUGUUACGUUACUGGAAGCAAUUCAGAGGGAGGUGGAAAGUCAACGGAAAGAGCAUGAAAGAGAAAAUGCCGACGUUUCAGAAAGUAUUUGAUGUAUGUACAACGUAUAAAUAAACAUGUUUUUCUUAUAUA